GACACAAGUUGACGAUAAAUUUCUGUUUUGUUAAUUUGUGAUAGACAUGUCUAUUUUAAUAUUCUAAUGAUGAUUUCAUAAAUUAAUUAAUAAUAAUAUGCAUGUCUAAAUAUAUGUGUGCACACUAUAUAUACAAACCUAUAUCAUGGCUUUUUUUUUGCCAAACUGCUCAUUAGUACGUGCAUCUUCCUUAUUCUCUCUCUCACUCUCUCUCUCUCUCUCUCUCUCAAUAAACAUAUACAACCACAUAUAUCUAUUUGUAUCCCUAACACCAAAAUGGGUGUGAAAGCUGAAGAUGUCUCAGUGAAGGUGAUAAGGACCGAAACAGUUGCACCUAACCAGCCAUGGCAUGAUCACUGGCUACCAUUUACAAACCUAGACUUGCUGGUGCCACCCUUUGAUGUUGGUUCUUUCUUUUGUUACAAGAGAUCCCAUGAGUCAGUGGAUGUCACCACAAUGGUUGAUGCCCUCAAGGCUUCUUUAUCUCAAGCACUCACCUUGUUCUACCCACUCGCCGGAGAGCUUGUCCGCAACGCUGCCGGUGAGCCUGAGAUUCACUGCAACAACAAAGGUGUUGACUUUAUUGUAGCUGCUGCUGAUGUCAAGCUCCAGGAGCUCAACUUUCACAAUCCGGAUGUAAGCAUUGAAGGAAAGCUAAUGCCCAAGAGGCGCCAUGGUGUGCUUGCCAUUCAGGUCACAAUGUUGAAAUGUGGUGGCGUGGUGAUAGCGACCAUGUUUGAUCAUCGUGUAGCAGAUGGCUACUCAGCCAACAUGUUUGUGUCAUCCUGGGCGGACAUGACUCGAUCCCAACCGCCAUCUUUCUUACCCUCUUUUCGUCGUUCAGUUCUCAACGCUAGGCGCCCAACCGUCUACACGCCAUUAACAGCCAACAUGUUUAUUUCACUUUCUAAUCUCCCUUUGAUUCAAAUUGAUCCAAAUAUGGAACCAAAUUUCGAUCAAGACUUGCUUAUAAGUCGAAUCUACUAUAUAGAGGGUGACCAACUUAAGAAACUCCAGUUGUUAGCAAGCGAAAACGGAUGCCAAAGGUCGAAGUUAGAGUCGUUUACCUCCUUUUUGUGGAAGAUGACGGCUAAGUUCAUGGAGGAUUCCGGCCAUCUUGAUCAUGUUUGCAACAUCGCGGUUGCGGUUGAUGGAAGGAGGAGGUUAGCUGAGGGAGAAGGAGUCGAGAAAGAGGACAUAAUGGCUGCACACUUUGGUAAUGUCUUGUCUAUCCCGUUUGGAAGGAAUUAUUCAAAGGAUUUGAAGGACAUGCCAUUGAGUUCAGUGGCAAACGAAGUUCACAAGUUCUUGAAAAGUGCAGCUAACAAGGAUCACUUCUUGGAAUUGAUAGAUUGGGUUGAGGAUCAAAGGCCAACACCUUUGAUGUCUCGGCCAUUUGCUGGAACCGAGAAGGCGGUCUCGAUCAUGGUAUCAUCCGGUCAACGGUUUUCGAUCAUGGACAAGAUGGAUUUUGGGUGGGGAAAACUAGUGUUCGGAUCAUGCUAUGUUCCAGUGGCACGAAGGGACUGUUAUGUGAUGACUAUGUCAAGUCCAGUCAAAACAGACGAUUGGAUUGUCUACAUGCAUUUGCCUAGGAAGCAUUUGAACUACAUGGAGACACAUGCGAGUCACCUGUUUAAACCCCUGACUGCUGAUUACCUAAAACUUUAAGAUUGAUUUACUUUCGUAUGCAUCAAGGCUAUUAUGACAAUAGUUAUUGUUCAAAUCUUAAUGUUGAUAGGUUGUGCGUAUGUUUUUUCGAUUUAAUUAUUCUCUUUCUCGUUAUUAGAAGAAUAUUAUUUACUUGAAAUCUUCCAUA